GCAUUGAAUUGUGGGUAUUUAACAUGUCUGCGCCCGUUUUUUGCCCAGAGAUCAUCGACGAUGCCUGACAUCUGCCCAACUACAUGUAAUUAAAUUGAGUUUUCGCGGACUUUUCACGUUAAGACUAAACUUGUGAAGAUGUCUGAAAACACCGAGGGGAAGAGCGGCUCUCAGACCUUUACACGGGCGAUGAUAGCCGAGAUGCUUAUGAAGAAUUUUGAGAAACUUCCUGACUCAGAUCAGAAACUGUUUAUGUAUGGACCUUUGUGUGUCGGAGGAAACGCGGGGUUUGGGGGCCUGAUCGCUAACAGUCUGUACCGGAGGGCUCUGAACGUGCAACCUGCGCGCAUCGCCUCCAGCCUCCCGAUGUUCGUGCUGCCCUUCCUGACGACCUGCGCUCUGUACCAGGCGACCGUGGUCACACCGCUGCUCACCGGUGACCUAGACUGUCCCUCCUGCUCCUUGAUCCGAGGCGCACUGGUCGGUGUGGUCGGUGGUGGACUCUACCCCAUGGUCUUGGCUUUACCCCUGAACUUCGGCCUGGCAGUCAGGUACAGCACGUGCCUGCUUCCCGAGAAGGAAAACCUGCUGCGUUUUUGUGUGGACGUCUCCAAACCGGUUUUUAAUAAAAUGAGACCAGUUAUUCUGAUCCAGGCCUUCUUCGGGGCCUACCUGGGCUCCAGGCACUUCAAAAGCUACUCAAAACUGACCCAGAUCACCUUCAGAGCGGAAGAAGAGAUGCAAGAAUAACGCCAGUCUUUUAAACGGGUGUAAAUGUGACUUUACCUGAGAUGAUUUAUCUGCAAAUAAAAUCAACUGGUGUGUCA